CCAAAAAAAAAAACUUGUGUGAAGAUAGGUUUGGCAACUUUGGUUUGAUAUCUCUGCGCAUUCUGACCCGGGAGCCGACACAUUCCCAUCUCCCCAGCCCAGCGCAAUUCAAGCAUUGUCUUGUUGAAUUCAUACCCAUUACUCGCGUAAAAAAAAAAAAUUAUAAACAUUCUUGAAACAAAUCAUCCGCAAAAGUUCGCUCAAUGAACUGUUCGAUUCUCCUAGUUGUCUUUUUCCUUUCUUCCUUGACGGUAUACGAUAACCCACCGCUGCUGGUCUCCGCCGCAAGCCACGGUGCGUCCAGCGCCUACGAAAUCCUCCAAUCCUAUGACUUUCCCGUGGGCCUCCUCCCUAAAGGCGCCACCGGCUAUGAUCUGGAUGAGGAAACCGGUAAAUUCAAUGCUUACUUUAACAAGUCUUGCAGCUUUUCGUUGGAGGGUUCGUAUCAAUUGAAGUAUAAUUCCAAGGUCAGUGGUUACAUAUCCAAGGACAAGCUCUCGAGGCUCACCGGCGUUAGCGUCAAGGUUUUCUUUAUCUGGCUCAACAUUUUGGAGGUUACUCGGAACGGCGAUGACCUUCAGUUUUCCGUUGGGAUUGCCUCCGCAGAUUUCCCAGUUGAUAAUUUCGAUCUUAUUCCGCAGUGUGGGUGCGGAUUGAAUUGCGAUGGGGAAACUAGGAAGAUUCUCAGGAGUCCUUUUGUUUCUUCAAUUUAGCUUUUCGGACCCACUACCACCACGACCACUUGGCAGGUCAUCUCUAAAGGAAUGUGGAUGAACUUCAGUGCGCAGUAUCUGUGAUUCGUGAAAACAGGAUGAACCUUUUCAGCAUCCGGGGGAAGACGAGUUGCGGUUCCUGUGGCUUUUGGUUUAAUUGGAAGGAUCAAUUGGUUAGUAGUUAAAGCAUAUACUGUAAAUUAGGCUCUGGUUAAUGAUCCCAAGUCUCAAACUGCCUGUCAGAUUCAACACACAGAUGCAAAAAUAACACACUACUGUUUUAAAAUUUGACAGAAUAUUCAAAUUACUGAAACAAAGAAUAAUGGGUAACCACCUAAUUGCUUUGGUCGAUUA